CCCAAGAUCAAGCUGGUCGCCAGCAUGGUGCGAAUGGAGGAGUUCCAGCGGAACUUUGCCUUUGUGGCGUUCUUGCUGGUGGUGUGCUUUGGGAUCUUUGUGUACCUCACGAGGAACUUGCGGGACACCAUCACACCACUGUGCUGGGCGGCCUUCUUUGCUGUUCCCAGCACCUUACUGAUCUCCUACAUCGAUCGCUUGAUCAACCGGGAGCCUGACUCUGUCCACUUUUCGGUCACUGCUUGGCAGAUCACCUUGGAUGCUCCGGACCGCAGCGCGACGGAGCGGAACGCCCUGUUCCUGCGGAAGGUGAAUGCGCCGUGCUCGAAGCACUGCUCAAUGCUUCUACGUCUCUUCAGAUUGGAGCCUCUUGUUCCGUCUUGCUGCCGUCGUCGCGUUCGCAUUGCAGAACUGCAACAUGAGGACAGCACUGGAGUCGCGACAAUCAUCAUCAUCAUGCCGACCCGGAAGCUGACGGCAGCCUGGUUUGGAUUUUUCCCGUCACGGGAUGAGACUCCGACCAUCGGCAGUUCGCGCUUUGAGAACAACAUGGAUGGUUCCACUGCUAGUCUGGUAGAGGGUUGGGCAUACUAUGCCUGCCAAAAAGAGGAUGAAGAAGGUGGAACUUUGGACAGUUUGGAGCUCUACUUAGACGCAGCGGAGCAGUACCCGGCGGUCUUAUCAAGGUUUUUUGUGGCCUUUAUUCAGAUGGGCGUCAACAGCUUCAGAGCUAAUCUCCAAGACUACAGCAAGGGCGUGAUGGAGUUCCUCGACCUCAUCAAGCCCAUCUUCCCGCAGAAAAUCUGGGAGGAUAUCCAGAAGAAGGCCGCGGACUUCUUGCAGACUCAGCUGCCAGAAAUGACUGCGCAGAUCGUCUCGAGCUUGGAGUCCUUGAGUUUCCAGGCGUUGAUGUUCUUCGUCUACCUCUUCUUUUGGAUCUUCGAACCACUUCCCAUCAGCAGCCCAGUCGCGGAGGUCUUCAAGUCCUAUUUGCUGUUGAAGACCAUCGUUUGUCUGCUCUUUGCGCUACUCCUAGCGUUGCAAUGCAAAAUUUGGAGCCUUUUCUUUGUCCAAGCCUUACGAUCCCUGAACGGAGGGAGCGAUGAACGGAGCGAUUCGGGUACGGUCUUGACCUUUUUGUUGAACUUCAUCCCAGAGAUAGGUGCAAUCGCCUCAGCCAUUCUAACCGUGCCCGCCAUCUUGUUCGAUGGACACCUUCCGCGGGAUCAGCGUUUGGAAAAUCUGCUGUGGCUUGUUAUUUUUGGUACCAGCAUCAAAAUCUUCACAGGCAAUGUGGUCGAGGUGCAGAUGUAUGCCAGCCUUGGCGGCCAGUUCAUGCGCAUGCAUCCAGUGGUCAUCAUAGCCUUGAUCAUGCUGUUCUCUGCCUUGUUGGGAGUCACGGGCAUGUUCCUAGCUGUGCCCACAAUGGCUGCAGUGAAGUACUAUCUCGUCUCCACUGAUAUGCCCAAGCAGUUCAAGCAUCCCUUGCUGGUCUUCAUCGAAGGUGAUGCUACGGCCCCGCACAAGAACUACGUGGAGCAGCAACGGCUCAUCGAACAUCACUUCGGAACGCCAGGGACUCACCAGGCGAAAGAUGGGGAGACCAUGGCUGUGGCUCGUUUUGCGUUAAUGCAAGCGCAGCCCAUGUACUUGGCAUGGGCGCAAGCCGGGCCGGGCGCUCCAG